GUUUGCCAUGUAAACACAAGAAGAAGUGAGAAAACAAGAAAAGAACGAAAAGCAGCAACAGCAGCCCGAGACAGACCAGUUAGCCUCAGAGCUAAGUGAGAAGCUAGCUCUCAGAGGACAGGUAUCGAACAUUUUCUUUGGGAGAAAAGGACAGAGAAGACUUUAAAAGGUGAAUACUGGACAACUACUAAAGUCUGGGCAGUUUUCAACCCAACAAGCUAUUUGAGAGUCGGCUUCGACACCAUCAUGUCUGUCAUGACUUGGGAGGUUGUUGGGGAUCACUUUCUCAUCAACCAAGCCAAGAACUCAGUUCUUGGCCCUAAUGAAGGCAAUACUGUGGAGAAGAAGGAGGAACACGAUGAACCAGAAUCUCGGCCGAUUAAAGAAGAGGAGAUUGAAGUCCGCAUCAUUCAGGAUGAAGAACAGGUUGUCGUGAAGCACGAGACUGACAUUGAUUUGGUGGCUCCCAUGUGUGAGGAAACAUUUCACGGUGAACCAGAACACCAGAAGGUGAGGAAGGCAGACCCAGAACCAGUACAAACUGACAAAAGACCAGAUGAAGUUGGAGCGUUCCUGGAUGACGACCAUUGUGUGAAACCAGAGACCGACACCUUUGUGGAGACUACUGCUUGUGAAGAAAUUGUGAAUGCACCUGAACUGAACAGUGAGAGUGCACAAGACAGAAACUUUUCUUGUGAAGUAUGUGGUAAAUGCUUUACUAAAUGUAACUACCUGACUGAUCACAUGAGAACUCACUCUGGUGAAAAACCUUUCUCAUGUCUAACUUGUGGAAAAGGUUUCACACAGAAAACGAACUUGAUUGUGCACAUGAGAACCCAUACGGGUGAAAAGCCCCAUUCCUGUCAGUUAUGUGGGAAGUCUUUCAGAGCCAGUGGCCACUUGGUUAGUCACAUGAGAACUCACACAGGUGAGAAACCUUUCUCAUGUUUGGUUUGUGGAAAAGGGUUCACUCAGCAAAGUAACCUGACUGUUCACAUGAGAACUCAUUCGGGAGAAAAACCCUAUUCUUGUGAUGUUUGCGGCAAAGCUUACAGCGACAAAACAUAUUUAAAUGAUCACAUAAGAAGUCACACAGGUGAGAAACCUUAUUCCUGUAAACUGUGUGGCAAAUCCUUCAGUAACCGAAGCCCUUUGACAAACCACAUGAGAAUUCACACAGGUGAGAAGCCAUAUCGCUGUAAAACCUGCGGUAAAUCGUUUAGUGACUGCAGUAAUCUGGCUAAGCAUAUGAGAACCCAUACAGGUGAGAAGCCUUAUUACUGUAACGUGUGUGGUAAAGCUUCUAGUGACAGUAGCAGCAUGGCUAAACACAUGAGAACACAUACAAGUGGGAAGUUGCAUACUUGUUAAGUCCGUUGCAAACCUUCCAGGAAUGUUUGGCUGAUCACAGAAGAACAAACACCUUAUUCUGUUUGACCGUUAAAAUGGUUCUAGAGAACUUUCAUCCAUUGUCCAUACCAGCUUAUCCUUGCAGGGGGGCUGGUCCCUGUCUCCAGCAGUGAUAGGGGAAAAAGGCGGGGUACCUGGCCAAAAAACGAUGCACACACACUCACACCUUAGGGCCGUUUUAGAGAGACCUAAAAACUUAAGAGUCAUGUUUUUGGACUGUGGACAGAGGAGGGAGAGAGCUUUUAGACACAGGGAGAACAUUCAAACUCCAUGCAGGAAGAGCCGAGGCUGGGAUUCCAGAACGUUGUUGCUGCAAAGCUACAGUGCUACAUACCCCCACUGUAGAGCCUCACUAAACCCCAUAUCAAUAAUGAUCAGAAGCUCUUCAGAUACAUUUGCAUUUAUGCCUUAGUUUUUACUAAAAUCAGUCAAGAGACCAUUUUUGUUUGCAGUCAUUGGGCAGAAAAACAUCCCUCGUGAUUGAAGGAAGCAUUUCAGUGGGUAUACCUGGAGUCACACCACCAUCUACUUGGCAAAAAAGACAGUCUGGUAUUUUAUGAACCAUAAGAUAUUUUUGAAGAAAAUCUCAACAUUACUAAGGGGUCGUUCCCAAUUCCAAACAUUUUCACAAGUGUACAAAACAUACUCGCUUUUGGACUGACACGAGUGACUUCCUUUGUUUUAUCUGAAAACAGUUAGUUAGUUAGUUUACUGAGCAAACUAACGUGUAUGUUCAAUGGGAACUCAAACAGGUAUGGAGGCUUUCCCUUAAGUGUAUGAGGAAUCAUUGACUCCCAGAGAGAAACUGCUUAAAUUUUCAAAUAAUGCCAAUGAUGUUCUGGAAACGAACAACAGGAGAAAUCUAUUUUGCAAUUAUGAGGCAAAGUAAAACUGAUCACUUUACAUCUUAGUUCAAGUGCCUUAAUGACAAUGUAUUAAAAUCUUGCUGCCAGUUUAUCUCUGGUCCCAUUCCCUGUCCCAAGUUUAUGAAAUGUCUUAAUAGGACCUUUUUCAUUGCCACUCAAAAGCCUCUGGUUCUUGAGUGGCAAUGGCCUCUCAAAGUAUGGCCUUUCCCUUGAAUAGCCACUGUGGUCCUUGCGGUGCACAGGCAGAAGGAAGCUGUGCUUUAUUUUUAUUUAUUUAUACCAACAGGAGUGGAAUAGAUUGGAGCCCGGCGGUGUAAAAGAGACUAAGGAGAUGUAACAGCAUCAGUUGCGCGUUGUCUUCCUGUUUCUCCGAGUCCAGAUGAUUGGCCGGAUAUGGAUACAACUUCUCUGCAUUUUUCUGUUUGACCGCCGCCCCUACUGGACUAGAGUGGUACUACAGUUUUUCAUCAUAACGUCCCAUAUGUCAUUGGGGCUGUUAUACAUAAAUGGCCCAAAGCAAACGGAAACACACAAAAAUUCUGGUGCUUUUAAUGGAAAGUGUGUUAUUGUCAAGCUUGGGAAUUUCCAAAAUGUUUAAACAAUUGUUUUCGAUCCAUAACAAUGAUGCCAUUUCUCAAAUUCCUGUAAUUGUAAAUCAUUCACCAAAAUCCCCUAAAAUGUUUCUGUAGUAAUGCAGUUAAUUGGUUUCUCAAAUAAUCAAAGGAAAGGCCGUACUUUGUGUCUCUUGGUAAUUUUGACUUCCACAAAGAGAGUUUCUCUUGCGUUACUUUUCAUCAUUUAUGCUUUCACAUGUCACACAAAUGCAAUUUCAAAUAUCAUAAUCAUGUAGUUAAUUGUCAGUCUUUAGAUUUUCUUAUCCUCUGUAAUGCACUCUUAAGUGUGUAUUUAUUUUCUAUAUAUAACGAUGGAUGACACAUUUAUGCAACUGAAGAAAGAAGGAAAGAAAUGCUAAUUUUUGAUGUAAAGCUUUAGAGAUAAAAUUGAGAUUUAUCUCACAUUUCACUGUUUUUAAUGUAAAACCCCUUAGUAUCAUUGAUCUAGAUUUUCAACGUCAGAUAAACCAUAUUACUGCGUUGGCCUUUAACUAUGUUGAAGACUUUCAUUUAUAAAUUAUUUUCCAGCAAAGUAUAGCUAUUUAAAAAAAACAAACCCAUGCAACUCACAGUUAAGCUUCUGUUCAAAUGAUUUAAUUCCUUUGUUUCUUAGUUUAUAAGAGACAUGUUGAUGCAUUUUGCACUUGAAAGAUAAUUUAGCUACAUAGUCUUUUUACAAGUCAUUUACCCUCAAGCCUACAAUUAAGACUGAAUUUUAUGUAUGCCUUGGAUUUUGUAUUAGUGCUUUUGUUAAUGCACUCCUAUGUAUAUACAUAUAUAUAUAUGUGUACAUAGGAUCUUGUAUCUGUAUAUUUUUAUUGAAGAACAACAUUGUGUACUUUUUUGAAUUUGCCCUUUUAUGACUUUCUAAUAGUAUUUAUAGUUUCCUGGUGGAUAGCAGAUCAGGUAGCUGUUUGCGUGAAAUGUGUAUAAAUCCACGUGGCUUGCACGUUUUCUCCCUCUUGUUUGUAUCUGGCAUUACAUUUGCAUCUAGUGGACAAAUAAAGCUACAACUUAAUGACUUGAA